AAAAAGAGAAUGUUUUUUCGGCGCUAUAUAUAAAGAUGGGUUGACAGGUGUUCCCGGGCUCCCAAGAACAGGUGGGGGGAGGGGUCAACUGGAAUACUAUACCGGCACCGAAAUCUUUAGCUGCACCGCGAGCAUGACCGAAGUGGAUCCCGAGCCGGUGGUCCAAGCGGAGCCGGCACCGGAGGCCCCAAAACCGGCGGUGGCCCGGAACCAGGCGGACAAAAAAGUGCUUGCCACCCAAGUGCAGGGGACCGUGAAAUGGUUUAACGUGCGGAACGGCUACGGCUUCAUCAACAGGAAUGAUACGAAGGAAGAUGUCUUUGUUCAUCAGACCGCCAUAAAGAGGAACAAUCCGCGGAAGUUUCUCCGCAGCGUUGGGGACGGCGAGACGGUGGAGUUCGAUGUGGUGGAAGGAGAGAAGGGUGCGGAGGCGGCUAACGUGACCGGGCCGGGGGGUGUCCCGGUGAAAGGAAGCAGAUUCGCACCCAAUAGAAGACGGUUUCGGCGGCGCUUCUAUCGGCCACGGACGGACACCGCAGGAGAGUCUGGGGGCGAGGGGGUGACUGGCGAGCAGGUGAGCGAGGGCGAGCGGGCAGAAGCCUCGCCCCAGGACAGACCCCCCCAGCGCAGACGCCCGCCCCCGUUUUUCUUCCGGCGGAGGUUCGGCAGAGGACAGCGGGGUCCAGCUCAGCAGGACCAGACUGCAGAGGACGCGAGCCAAGCGGAAGCCAAAGACUCGGCGCCGGCGACUGCCCAGCCAGGGGAUGACCAGCAGAGGGCGACACCCCGCAGGUUCCGGCCGAGGUUUCGCAGACCACUUCGCCCUCGGCCCCCACCCCAGCAGGCCACGGAAGGGGGCGACGGGGAGAGCAAGCCUGCCUCGGACGAUGCGACCCGUCCAGAGCCCCAGCGACAACGCAACCGCCCGUACUUCCAGCGCCGCAGGCGGCAGACCUCCGCCCCACAGCCAGGCUCGGCCCCGGGCGAUGAAAAGAGCCAAACAGAGCCCAGUGAAGGUCCGACAGAAAGUGGCCCCCCGAUGCCCCCUGCUGCCCCCGCAGAGGCUGAUGGAGCGCACACUGAGACUCCUGCCCCAGAGGCUGGGGUGUCGGAUUCCCCGGCUACUGAGUGACCCCGUCAUUGGCACGUGGCGUGUGGCGCAGGUGUCGGAUCCGUUUUAUAACCACACGGGAUUGAGUGGAUCACGGCGAUAAAUCACUUUAUGAGGUGGGGCCCCGGGCCCCGUCACCGUGUGCUGCCUUAUUUGCACUAUUUUGGAGAUUUGGGGUUUGUUUUAUGGCACAGUCCGGUGUGACAGUAAACAUCUAAUGGCAA